CUUACUCUUUUUUUACUAUCAUCUCCUUUCUCCUCUGCGCAACGAAAACACCUGACUCGCUGUCAUCUGCUUCCUUCCCCACAUCGACGCCUCUCUCCAUGAUCUGGAACUUCCAAUCACUGUAUUUUUCAGCGCCGCACAUCUCCGAAACCAAGCACCAUUCCAGCAGAGCUCGAGGAAGAGGUUGCAUCUCUAAAACCUUGAAUUGUGAUUUAGCACUUCCAAAAUCAAGCAUCUACCUUCGGACAGUUCAUUGCAUCUCCCACAGUUCGGCUAAGCUGUGCCUGAAGAGUGUAUGGUGACAAAAUGAGUUCACGAAAGAAGACACCUUUUCAGAAACACCGGGAAGAGGAAGAAGCUAAGAAAAAGAGAGCUGAGGAUGAAACAGCUCGUUUAUAUCAAGAGUUUGUAGAGUCAUUUCAAGGUGACGAUGUGCCAGGUUCAAAGGCAUUUGUUAGAGGAGGGAUCAUCAAUCCCAAUGAGAAGUUGAAGAAUGAUUCUGAAGGUGGAAAUUCCAAAGAUGAUGUUUCUGGUUUAAAGAAGGGGAGUAGGUAUGUUCCAUCUUUUAUACCACCUCCUAUGGCAAAUAAGGGUAGAGAUUGCGAAAAGAAGAAGGAAGAAAAACCCAAGGAAAAAGAAAAGGGGAAAUUGAGGAACAUCGAUAAUUUUAUGGAGGAGUUGAAACAUGAACAAGAAAUGAGGGAAAGGAGAAAUCAAGAGCGUGAACAAUGGCGUGAUCGUCAUUCUGAUAAUUCCACUCCUUCAACUCGAUUUGAUGAGCUUCCAGAUGAUUUUGAUCCCAGUGGAAGACCAGGAUCAUUUGACGAUGGGGACCCACAGACCACCAAUCUUUAUGUUGGAAAUUUAUCACCACAGGUGGAUGAAAAUUUCCUUUUGCGCACUUUUGGGAGAUUUGGACCUAUUGCAAGUGUCAAAAUAAUGUGGCCUAGGACAGAAGAGGAAAAAAGGCGACAAAGAAAUUGUGGGUUUGUAGCUUUCAUGAACAGGGCAGAUGCUCAGGCUGCAAAAGAUGAAAUGCAAGGAGUGAUUGUGUAUGAGUAUGAACUGAAGAUAGGGUGGGGUAAAUCUGUGUCUCUUCCAUCACAAGCUCUGCCUGCUCCACCACCAGGACAUAUGGCCAUUAGAAGUAAGGAGGGUGCCACGGUGAUCUUGUCUGGUCCAGCAGGCCCUCCCGUCACAUCUGUACCAAGUCAGAAUUCUGAGCUGGUUCUAACUCCGAAUGUACCGGAUAUAACUGUUGUUCUACCUGAUGAUGAUCACCAACGCCAUGUCAUUGAUACAAUGGCACUCUAUGUUCUUGACGGAGGCUGUGCUUUUGAGCAAGCGAUAAUGGAACGAGGCCGUGGAAGUCCUCUCUUUAGCUUCUUAUUUGAACUUGGGUCAAAAGAACACACUUAUUAUGUUUGGAGGCUUUAUUCCUUUGCUCAGGGAGAUACUCUUCAACGAUGGCGGACUGAACCUUUCAUUAUGAUAACCGGUAGUGGCAGAUGGAUACCCCCUUCUCUGCCAAUAGCAAAAGGGGUUGACCUUGAGAAGGAUGGUGGUAGUACGCAUGCUGCUGGAAGAAGCCGGCGUGUGGAGGUGGAACGGACACUGACAGAUGCACAAAGAGAUGAAUUUGAGGACAUGCUUCGUGCAUUGACACUAGAAAGAAGGCAGAUAAAAGAGGCGAUGGGCUUUUCAUUGGAUAAUGCCGAUGCUGCUGGAGAGGUGGUGGAGGUUUUAACAGAGUCUUUGACACUAAAAGAAACUCAACCACCAUCUAAAAUUGCACGAUUGAUGCUGGUUUCCGACAUUCUUCAUAAUAGUAGUGCUCCUGUGAAAAAUGCAUCCGCUUACCGCACAAAAUUUGAAUCAACUUUACCAGAUGUAAUUGAAAGCUUCAAUGACUUGUAUCGCAGUAUCACGGGUCGAAUGACAGCUGAAGCCCUUAAGGAGAGGGUUCUGAAAGUUCUUCAAGUGUGGACUGACUGGUUUUUGUUUUCGGAUGCUUAUGUCAAUGGCUUGCGAGCAACUUUUCUUCGAUCAGGAAAUUCUGGUGUAAUCCCCUUUCAUUCCUUAUGUGGUGAUGCCCCUGAGAUAGAACAGAAAGGAAGCUCUAUUGACACAGUUGAUGGUGAAAAAGUUAACCAAGAUUCUGCAUUGGCUAUUGGGAAAGGGGCUGCCAUGAAGGAGCUUUUGAAUCUCCCUCUUCCAGAGCUUGAAAGGCGGUGCAGGCAUAAUGGUUUGUCCCUUGUAGGUGGUAGGGAAAUGAUGGUUGCUCGGUUGCUUUACCUUGAAGAUGCCGAAAAACAGAGGAGCUAUGAACUAGAUGACGAACUGAAACAUGGGAGCCACUCAAGUGCUGGAAAGAAUUCCAGUAGAUGGAAAGAAUCAAGUAGUGAAUUUGAGCUGUCAGGUUGGAAUGGUUGUGCUGAUGAGAACACAUUACAAAAAAGAAAUGAGUCUCUGCAGUCACCCCCUAGAAAUCAAACUGCACAACCCGAACCAACCGCUUUAUCAAAUGAGAUGAGAACCAACCCUAUUUUGCCAUCAUCCAAAUGGGUUAGAGAUGAUGAUGAGAGUGACGGUGAAGAAGAAAAGAGCAACAAGCAUCUGGGAUUGACAUAUUCAUCCUCCGGUAGUGGCGACGGUUCUGGUAAGAAUGAUGAGACAGAGGUUACAACUGAAGCAAGCAGCACCAUAGCAAACCUUGAAACUGGAAUAAAUGAAGAACAAAGACAAAAGCUUAGGCGUCUUGAGGUUUCAAUAAUUGAAUAUCGCGAAUCCCUCGAAGAGCGAGGCAUAAGAAAUGCUGAAGAAAUUGAGAAGAAAGUUGAAAUUCAUAGACGACGGCUACAGUCUGAGUAUGGGUUGCUGAACUUCAACGACGGCACUACAAGGAAAUCUUCCAGAUCAUCCUUAGAGAGAAGAAACGAUUCCCAAGAAGCAUCAAGGAAGCGGCUGAGAAGCGUGAGCCCACUCCGGAAAUCUUCAAGCAGACACAGGGACAGGGAAAAUGAUUCAAACAGAGAUAGAGAAAAGCGCCGUGAGAAGGAAAGAGGUCACGAUGUAGAAAUCGAUAAGCAAAGGGACAGCAGGAAAAGUGGAAGCUGGGAGAGGGAUGACAACCAUGAAAGAGACAGAGCCAGGGAGAGAGAACGUGAACGUGAAUGGAGGAGGGUAAGGUAAAAAUAAGAUGGUAGGCACACAACAAGCACAAUCACACUCACUAUCCCUUUGGUGAUGAUGAUGGUGAUGGUGACGACGACGACGACGACGAUCUAUCAGUAUGAUGAACAAACAAUUGAUGCCUUUGGAUGGAUUGAACGCUGCAACAACCUAACAGUUUAGAUGGAUGCAACAAAAAGUGCCCAAAACGGUAAUUAUUAUAAACAUAUAGGGUCCUAUCUUUAGAAGUGCAAGUUUGAUCGAAGGCAGAACCUGUUUAAGCAUCCAGUGUGUGGUAAGGAGUAAAACUGUAAAAGUUAUGUUCUCCAUUUUUCGCAAGGAAAUUUCACUAGUAGUUUUAUUCAGAAGUUCACCGUGUUUUGAAACCGUUUUCUUUUCUCAAACUCGUGAUUUACAUCACCGAUAGUUGUGCCUUUUGUAUUUAUGUGGAUCUAAUGUAGAUGCUCUCUUACUCCGGGGCACUUCUCCGGACUUUGUAUAAUUGUAGUUUUACUCCCAAUAGAUUGUCCUCCCAAUC